UACAUUGUUCUGACAAAGGUACAAAUCCUGUAAUCGUGGUCGUUUUUGGUCAAGAUUCCUGUUGUAAUUUCAUCAUACUGUUUUUCCAUGUAUUAUUUGUCACGGUAUUGUAUUUCUUCCUAAAUAAAUACAUAACCUCGUCUAUGUUUCGACUAAUGUAUCUCGUUUGGUUUAUUCCACACCAUAUUUAUUCACCCGAGCGUCCCAUUGCGAACGGGAUGACGUCACGUCUGACGCAGCGUGCAGCCGAGCAAGGCCGGAUUUAUUUGUGUCUGGCAGACGAAGCCUUCAGCUGUGGAGGGUACUGGUUCUCUUUACGGUCCGACCUCAAAAAUAAAGACCGUAAAAAGGCAACGCAUCCUCAGCAACAGGACCGGAGAUGGAUAACAGCAAACGGACAGUGGUCGUUACAGGUUUUGGGCCAUUUGGUGAGCACACGGUCAACGCCAGCUGGGUAGCAGUACAGGAACUGAUGAAGCUGGGACUCGGGGGUGAAGUGGACCUGCAUGUAUCCGAGGUUCCCGUAGAGUACCAGACAGUCCAGAGUUUGGUUCCUUCAUUAUGGAAGAAGCAUCAUCCAAGGCUGGUAGUUCAUGUCGGAGUCUCCGGGAUGGCCACCACCGUCACGUUGGAGAAGUGUGGAAGAAACCAUGGCUACAAGGGCCUCGACAACAGCAGUUUUUGCCCUGAUUCACAGUGUUGCAUUGUGGGAGGCCCGGACUGCAUCAACUCAGUUAUUGACAUGGAAUCAGUGUGUAAGAGAGUGACCUCCUCGGGCCUGGGAGUAGCUGUGUCCGUCUCCAAAGACGCUGGAAGGUAUUUAUGUGAUUUCACCUACUACACAUCUCUGUACCUGAGCCAUGGCCGCUCGGCCUUCGUUCAUGUGCCUCCUCUUGGAAAGCCUUACAGCGGGGAAGACCUGGGCCGUGCGCUGCAGGCCAUAAUCCAGGAGAUGCUGGAGCUUCUGGACCAGGCUGAAGAGAAAAUCCACUGCCAGCAGCACUUCCACUAAGUGACCUCCAGAUGCCAACCAGCCUCUCCUGCCCUCAACACACAAGAGAAAUUGCACUUAACCACAAGUAGCCAAACUUUCUUUCUUACGUUAUUGUCGUGCUCACUCGGACAAAAUGAAAACCGCCGAGUACCACAUGUAUCGAUCGUUUAUUUCUCUUUGUUUUAGGUUAUUGAUUCAUGUUUUUCUAGCCCUGACUCGGUUUUGUUUUAAUGUCUCCCGAUGGUGAGAAGAUAAAAUGGGAGUCUCAAGCCGAACACUUGAUGUUGAAUUGUUUCUUAUGUCCUUUUUCUUUAUAAGAAGUUGUAAUUUUGCCUUCUUUUACAAAGGUUAUUUAAAUGAGGAAACUGGUUGGUUCCAUCUUAUAUUUCCCCAAUUUUGUUGGCCCAAUUCUGCUUAACAAAAAAAACACACAAAUGCACCCACUGAGAUCUGUCCCUCAGGCAGUGAAAUGUUAUUUUACAGAUUUCAAGUUCAGUCCUUUAGAGGUAGGCAACUGUUUUAUGCUUUGCAGUUGUUCAAGAAAGUAGUUGGCAUUCCACCAAUACCACAGAAAUCCUAAGAUUAAAUCAAAUGGUUUCUUCUGAGUGAGCUUUGUUUUAAAGUUGUGAUAAAACAAAGAAUAUGGUAGUAUAUAUUUUCUCAUUUGGUUAUUUUAAAAAGGAAUGCAUUUUUCUUAAUCUAGAACUGUUUACAAUCUGCGUCAUUUAAAUAUCAAAUUCGCAAAAUCCCGAACUGUCCUUUAUUUGUGCAGCGCUGUUUUUAAUUCAAUGAUAAAAUCUCACCUUUCUGUUCCCGUCAUUGAAUCAGAUAUGGGUUUGAUUUUAUCUGAAGAUUUAAUGACUGUUAUGACCAUAAAUUCAGUCAGAAUUUUGCCUGGAAUUGUAUUUCUGACGCACUAUUUGAUUUUGU